AUGUUGUGUAACGUCUUGGGGAUGCUUCGCCAUCAACUGGUUUAUUCGGCAAGCAGAAAACCAUGGAGUUCCGGCAGAGAAGCAUGCGAUUGGAUCAAGUUUCACAUUUUGAAUGCUGGCCGCCUGCCUCUGGGUUGCGCCAAGGUAGGUAGUCCAAACCUUUCUCUCCGGAGUCAGGACUCGAGAGGACCAUUGUAG